AUGCAGAUUAUGCCAGACGAUUCCAGCAAUUCCGACAACAGCGAGGAAACCCACGCGCAGGGUCGCUCGGACGACGAGGAAAUAACAGGCGCUGCUAACAAGCCCUUCCAACAGCCAAACCCCAUCUCCGACGAGGAAAUAACAAGCGCCGCUGACAAGCCCUACCGAGAGCCAAACCCCAUCUCCGACGAGAACGGUGCCGGCACAGCCAAUGCCCCCGCCGAGUCCAGCGAUGGCAUUGGCCGCGACACUUUGUUCACCGAGCUUGGAGACCCUGGCGCGUACCUGCACUGCGGCGGCUGCGGCGAGGACCAUGCAGCAGGGUACUUCUCGACGAAGCUAGAAGAAUAUCGCGUAUUACACUUCACAAUGUCGAAAAUAUCGUUUCGCCACGAACAAGGUUCUCCUGUCAAAGCCUGGUGGUGCCCCCACUACUCAGCCGCCGAGCUGCAGCGCGAGCACGGGUCAGAAAACGAAAGAGUGCGAGCGGCCGUGAUUCGUCGCCACGGAGGCGACGCUGCCCCAGGAGUCCAAAUCCUCUGA